UCCGCAGUUUUCGUCUCGUCUCCCGCGCUGACAACGACGACUGGUGCUAGUUAGAAAGAACGGCUAGCUCGGCGUGUUGCCCGGUCGUUUGUUUUGAAUUGACGAUUGCGCAGAUGCCGCGGUUGACCCGACUAACGGGCUCCAGCUCACCGACUUCUCACCGACUGUCUUUUUUUGGAGCUCGAGUUGGGAUGGGAUCCUUGCGUUUGUAGACGAGCGCCGCGGUCUGGAGUGGAACCGGGAGGUCGGGACGGUAGAGGCCGGGAGGAUGUGAAGAUGUUCGAGGGACGAGAGGACGAGAGGACGAGAGAGAUGUGGAGUACGACUCCAUACACUCCAUCCACGCCUCUAUUUCCACACAACUCACGGGAAUAAACUCCGACAUGUCAACAAAUGCCCCCAUCCCAGCCUCGCCAGAUCCCCGCCCUCAGCUCGCCUUUUUCUUCGGAUCUUCCCCGCUUUCCGCCCAACUCCCCCCCUGGCGAUGCCUCGCGAUGCGCUGAAGCUCAAGCGAUGGCGAGCAGACCUCUCCCCGCAUUAAUUCAUGCACUGCACGAGCCUCCUCGCCUUUCGCCUCUCUCCCUCGCGUCUAACUAAGCUAACGCACCCUCCUCCUUAACCCUAGCCCAGGCGUCGUUCCGUGGAUUGGACUUUCUUCUUCUUCCCUUAUCCGGAACGGAUCUGUGGCUAGGGCGGGUGGUCAUGUCAUGUCAUCACUUUUUCCGAGUCUACGGGAUACCAUCUUAGCAUCACUAACGUCCCGAGUGUAUGCAUGUAUGAGGUCGGCAGGGUAAGGUGUGGUGGAUGCAAGAUUUUUUGGGGCGUUGGUUGGUUGGACAAGGGGGGAAGGGGGGAGUGUGAUUGGGCGGUUUUGAGACUAUUAGUUGAGG